CAGCGCCGGCCACCACCUCCUGGAGCCGCAGCCCAGCUCAAGCUGCGGCCCGCCCCGCCGCUGCUGCAGUCAUGGCUGCUGACGGGAUGGACGAACGCUCGCCGCUGCUGUCAGCAUCCCAUUCGGGGAACGUCACUCCCACGGCCCCGCCGUACUUGCAGGAGAGCAGCCCGAGAGCGGAACUCCCACCACCAUAUACAGCCAUCGCCAGUCCAGGAGCCAGUGGUGUUCCCGUGAUCAACUGUCGUGUGUGCCAGUCGCUGAUCAACCUUGAUGGCAAACUUCACCAGCACGUGGUUAAGUGCACAGUUUGCAAUGAAGCUACGCCAAUCAAAACCCCCCCAACAGGGAAGAAAUAUGUUAGAUGCCCUUGUAAUUGUCUCCUCAUUUGUAAGGACACAUCUCGGCGAAUAGGAUGUCCGAGACCCAACUGUCGGCGCAUAAUUAACCUUGGCCCUAUAAUGCUCAUUUCUGAAGAACAGCCAGCUCAACCUGCAUUGCCAAUCCAGCCAGAAGGUACAAGGGUUGUGUGUGGGCACUGCGGAAACACGUUCCUGUGGAUGGAGCUGAGGUUCAACACUCUGGCAAAAUGCCCACACUGCAAAAAAAUCUCUUCAGUAGGAAGCGCUCUUCCCCGGAGACGCUGCUGUGCGUAUGUCACCGUUGGAAUGAUAUGUAUUUUCAUUGGAGUUGGAUUAACCGUUGGCACACCAGAUUUUGCAAGGCGAUUUCACGCGACCUACGUGUCUUGGGCAAUUGCUUAUCUCAUCGGUUUGAUUUGCCUUAUCCGAGCUUGUUAUUGGGGCGCAAUAAGAGUCAGUUAUCCUGAACACAGUUUUGCUUAAAGCUACUCGUGAAUCCUUAAUGUAGGUGAGAGUGUCCAGUAGUUCUUAGUAAGCUCUUCUGGACACCUUCAAAUCACUGCUCUAAUGGAUUCCAUCGGGUUUGUAUAAUAGUCUCGAGACUUUGUGAGUCUUUUCUGAACAGAUGCUCACAGCAGGACAUUAUAUGCAAGUUCAUUUUGCUGCUAGGUUUUCAGACUUGGAAAAAUAAAGCUGUGUCUUUGUUCUUUUAAAUCAUAAAGGUAUUUUUGCAUUUGUCAUCACAUGUUAGAUCUAAUAUCAGUUGUUGAUUAUGUUAAGCCUGUUAUUGUAUUUCCUGCUUCUCUGUGACUAUUCCUAAGACGUGUUUAUAAAUGUUUCUACAAUAGCUUCACAUUUAUACUUACAUUUUAAACAGAUCUGCUUGCUUUAAAAAUCUAAGCAAUAGGCAUUUUUGCUUGAACUGCUUACUGUAAUUUUAACCUAAGAUUAUAGUUACCUUAUUCAGGAAAAAAAAAAUUGAGUGUACCUUCUAAAACUUGGCAUUCUUGUCAGAGAAAAUUUCUAGAUACUGUAUGCUUGUUUUUUGUUCUUUGUAGAAAGAUCCAAUAUUUUGGUAGUAAGUUAACAUACUUAGGAUGAGCACAUUAGUCCAUAGCUGGAGAUAUUGGAGAGAUGUCUUUUCUCCAAAACAGCAGGACCUUUUGCCUUUCUUUUUUUUUUGUCUUUUUAGUUAGCAUUUCCAAAGCAUCCAGUCUGGAUUUGUGGAAUUUAAUGUUGCUCUUCUGAAUGUAUUCCUUUAUAGACUGGAGAAGGUGUUUCAGCCAUGUUUCAUAGCCCUCAUCUCGUCAGAGACAGAUUCACACUGGGCUGCACCCCGUUCCCUCAGAUCGCGGUAACCUUGUCUUCUUGCGGUACUUGUGCACCCACUUCUCCGUGAAGAGAAUCAAUGACAUUUUGCAUUAGCUGAAAUGUUAGAAUUAGAGAUUCUUGUGCCAUCUCUCACCCGGCCAGAUAAUGACUCAACGUAUUCAAGAAAAUGGAUCAAAGAUAAAGAGUUUCAUAGUUUCCUAAACUUCGCUUGGGAUUCAUGGAAUCAGCUCUUGCACUGCCCACAUUUGCAGUUUAGAAGGAAUUAUUUGAUAGUCAGUGGUUUAAGCUCUUUCACAUGGUAGAGUUAGACGAUGAGAUGACCUGAGUACAUUGGUAGGUGAUUCCAAGGGACAAGACUAACGUUUUAAGUUAUUUAUGUUCCCGAUUAAUAUAAAAAUGUACUUACUGCGAAGUUUGGAGUGAAAUACAUGUAAACCUCAAAGAGAAAAUGUUAAAUGUAUAAAUGAAGUAGCUCAGGAUUAUAUGUAUCUUUGAAAAUACACUAAUAAAGAUUAUUAU